GCGGCCAAGAAGGCUGCCCUCAAGGGCACCCAGGCGACGGCCCUCAAGAAGGUCCGCCACUCGGUCACCUUCCACCGCCCCAAGACCCUCGCCCUCCCCCGUGCGCCCAAGUACCAGCGCAAGGCGGUCGCGUCGCUGCCGCGCAUGGACGCGUACCGCACGAUCGUGCACCCGCUCAACACCGAGUCGGCCAUGAAGAAGAUCGAGGAGCACAACACGCUCGUCUUCAUCGUCGACGUCAAGUCGAACAAGCGCCAGAUCAAGGAGGCGGUCAAGAAGCUGUACGACGUCAAGGCGCUCAAGAUCAACACCCUGAUCCGCCCCGACGGCCGGAAGAAGGCGUUUGUUCGCCUGGAGGCGGACGUCGAUGCGCUCGACAUUGCCAACAAGGUGCGUCUCUCGUCUCUUUCUCUCGUCGUGGACGUCGUCGCAGCAGGACUCGCCAACUGA